AUGGAUAAUAAGACUAAUCACCGCUUGGGAUUUUUGAGAAAAAUAGUUGACUGGACCGAUGUACAAAUCUGUAUCCUUAUUAAUGAGCAUAGAAAUAGGAACGAAGAAUAUCACAAUUUGGAAAGGAAUCAAGAUGUAUUUUUGGGAAGUGUUGCUACUAGAAUUAAUAAUGAAGUGCAUGGUUCCAAUUUCCUGAGACAUCAUUACGAAGUAGGAGAAGCACUUUCCUUGCACCUUCCAUUAAGGAAGUUGAACGAAUCUCCAGCUCGUAAUCUAUCUCAGGCUCUAUCUUUACCUCGUAACGAAUAUGGUGAUGAUAUAGGAAAUCUGAUCAGAGGAAGAAAUAACACAGUAAUUUCACCCAUCUAA